AAUUUUGCUCCUAUUUUAUGAAUGUUAAACUUAUUUACAAGUCUUCAUUAUCUUGAUCGAGAUUCUUUUGUAUGUCAGACAAUUGAGAUUUUUUUCAGCAAAAGGAUACUCUUGAACAUGGAGGAUCAUACUCCAACUUUCUGUGCUGGUGUCCUGGGUUCCUUGGCGCUUGAAUUAAAGGGAUCUAAGGACUUCUCCAAGUUAUAUGCGGGCAUUGCAAUACUAGGAUAUAUUGCUUCAGUUUCAGACUCCAUCAGUGCCAAGGCCUUCACUCAUCUCCUCACCUUCUUGGGACAUCGAUAUCCGAAGAUUCGAAAAGCUGCAGCAGAACAAGUUUAUCUUGUGCUCCUGCAAAACGGAAAUCUCAUUGCAGAGGACAAGACAGAGCAAGCACUUGAAAUUAUAUCCGAAACUAGUUGGGAAGGAGACCUGCAAGCAACAAAGCCUCAGAGGUUAGAGUUGUAUGAAAUAGUUGGCCUGGAAAUAGGACAACCCAAUACCACCAAGAAAAUGUCAAACAAGGAUGGGGAGAAGAGGUCUACAGCCAAUGAUGAACAUGCAUCAUAUUCCUCAUUAGUUGGGUCAACAGGGUUUUGAGUUUUUCCAGUUUGAAAGCUCUUUGAUCAAAUUCCAACUUGCUCUUGGUGGUUGUGAUUUUUCUUAUGAGGUCUACGACAAACCAGAGCGCAUAGCACAAUAUGUAGAGUGGAGAGAAUGCGCUGCGUCGCACCUUGCCCUGUAAAAUUUUGGAAUCGCUCUUGGUAAUGAGCUUU